AAAAAUCUGGCAAAUAUUUAGAAAAUUUUGGAAUUGUACUUGAUAUUUAUGGUUUAAUAUGUUCAUUAUAUGAACAAAUUUUAGUAUUAAUUACAAAAUAUUGUAAAAAUAUCAAAUUUUUUGAUUUUCGUGGACCUGUAAGUCUAAGUACUUAUCAAAUACUUAAUUUGGUUGAAAAUAUCCAACAAAAUCUCAAUUAUCUUACAAUCGAUGUAUGGUAUGAUAAUACUGGUUCUAAUAGUUCAACGAUAUUAUUACAUUUAGGAUAUUACCUUCCUUCUAAACUAGAAUAUUUAUGUUUUGAUCUUCAUUACAUUAAAGCAAGUUGGUUUGAAGAAUUUCUAAGACAAUCUCAACAUACUUUUAUUAAAAAAUUAUUAAUCAAUAGCAGUGAAGGUCAAGAUAUCUUGCCCUUUAUAAAAGAAUAUAUCAUGAAAAAGAAAAGGGUUAAGUAUUUGGCUAUUAGUGAUUCUUCCCGUGAAGAUACAUUUGAUAGGUAUAGUCAUAAUGUUAAGGAGUUGUUUUCACUGAAAUAUGAGGUGGAUGAAUUUAGGUUAUAUAAUAUUGAAGUGCAAAGUUAUUUGAGUUUAAAGAUUAAUUCGUAUAAUUAUAUAAAGGAAAUUAAUUAAU